UCUAAACCAUGGCAAGCAGAAGAUCGAGUCGAGUCGAGAACAGAGGGAAGAGGGAGAGCGCGCAGAGAAGCUAGCGAGACUGCAGCAAGAAGCCACAGGGCGAUGGCAGCGGAGACCCCGGCGGCAGGGAGGAGUGGCGUGCUGAAGCACAUUGUGCUGGCGCGGUUCAAGGAGGAGGUGACGCCGGAGCGACUGGACCACCUCAUCCGUGGCUUCGGCGGCCUCGUAAACCUCGUCCCUUCCAUGAAGGCCUUCAACUGGGGAACUGACGUGAGCAUAGAGAACAUGCACCAUGGAUUCACACACGUAUUCGAGUGCACUUUUGAAAGCACAGAAGGAGUCAAGGAGUACAUUGAACACCCAGCACAUCUUGAAUUUGCAAAGGAAAUCUUGCUUGCAAUGGAGAAGACACUCAUAAUCGACUACAUGCCAACUGCUGUAAAUAACAGCUGAGCAUAACAGUUUGGGUGCUUAAGCUUCUUUUGUCGUUGGUUGCACUUCAGAAUAUCUGCGGCAAAAUUUUAUUUUAAGACAUGCGAAUUGAACUUUUAUGCUGAAUAAAUUUGUCAUGUAUGUUUUCACUUAUCGAUUACAAUGGUUCAAUUUGGUGCUACGUAUGUCAAACAGUUUGCUUUUUUUUGUUUUUCCAAACAAGUUUGCUCCAAAUAUCCGUAUUAAGUAAUGACGGAGAAGAUGAUGGCACGCACGCACGGCACCGGUGUAUUUAUCUAUGUUAUCUUUUGGA